CAUUCUGUGUCCAGGGACAUUAGUGUCCACUUCACUAAACAAAGCAAAUUAAAUCAACAAAAAAAAAAAAUUAAACAUGGCAGCCCUGCACAAGGUCAUUGUUUUGAUCCUCCCUCUCUUGUUCCUUGCUGCAGUAGAUGCCACUCAUCACAAACAUCGUCGUCGCCAUCACCAUGACGACGAUGACAGCGACGACGACGAUCCCAACCCUUUCGACCGCCCCGAUCUUCCCGAUCCCUUUGACUUGCUCAAGCCUAAAGAUUCUUUACCCGACGGUAAUCCUAUUGGCAAUCCCUUCGGUGUUCCCCUCAAUCCUUUCGGUCCAGACAACCCCAUUAACAUACCCAGCAAUCCUUUCGGUCCGGACAAUCCCAUUAACAGACCCAACAAUCCUAUUUUUGAUGGUAAAGAUUUGAACCUGGACGUGCCUGCAAAACCUGAUUUUGAGACGGUUUCUUUGGGGAUGUGGGAAUUGUUGAAUGUCAACACUGGGGUAUCCGCCAUGCAUGUGCAAUUGAUGGCCAAUAACAGGAUCAUUCUUUAUGAUACCAUCAUUUACCGUAUUUCCAGGAUCAAGGCACUACCAGGCGAUUGUAUUCAGUUCCUCGAUCCCCAGAAUGUAACGCAGCAAGAUUGUUGGGCUCACGUGGUUGAGUAUGAUAUUGAAACUAACCAAGUUGUCAGGCCCAUCAAGAUAGAGACAGAUCCGUGGUGCUCAUCAGGAGGGGUUGCACCUGACGGUUCCCUAGUCAGUACUGGUGGUUUCAUGACCGGAACUAGAUCCUUGAGAUUCCUUUCUGAUUGCGACAAUUGUCCCUGGAGAGAUUAUCCUAACACAUUCAAAGAAGAUAGAUGGUAUGCAACUCAAGCAAAGCUUGCAGAUGGAGGAUUCAUUUUGGUUGGAGGACGCAGAGCUUUCAGCUACGAGUACAUUCCAUUGGAAGGCGAAAAAAGCGACAAGCUCCAUUUCUUUCCUUUCCUCUAUGAGACCUCCGAUCUGGAAGAGAACAAUCUCUACCCAUUCGUCCACCUUUCCGUAGACGGAAACGUCUUCGUCUUCUCCAACAAUCGCUCCCUCCUCCUCAACCCCAAGACCAACAAGAUUGUUCGCACCUUCCCCGUCCUCCCCGGCGGGUCCCGCAACUACCCCGCCUCCGGCAUGUCCGCCCUACUUCCCAUCAAGCUCGACGCAGACGGCAAAGCCGAAUCGGCCGAGGUCAUGGUCUGCGGCGGCAACACCCCAGACGCCUUCCACAUAGCCGAGACCCUCAAGCAAUACCUUCCAGCUCUCCAAGACUGCAACAGAAUGGUCAUCACCGAUCGCGAACCCGCGUGGGACUCUGAAAUGAUGCCUUCCAGGAGAACCAUGGGUGACCUCUUGAAUCUACCCAAUGGACAGCUCUUGUUCAUCAACGGUGCUGAGAACGGUACGUCGGCAUGGUGGGACGCCGACGUUCCCAAUUUGACACCGGUGCUUUACAGCCCCGACAAGCCUAAGGGUGAGAGAUUUAAGGUUAUGGCGGGCACCUCCAUUGCCAGAAUGUAUCACUCAACUUCAGCUGUGCUUCCUAAUGGCAAAAUCUGGGUUAGUGGAAGCAACACUCACAACACUUACAGGGAUGUUGAUAAAUUCCCGACGGAGACAAGGGUAGAGAACUUCUCCCCUCCGUAUCUUGAUCCAGCUCUUGACGGGUUUCGGCCGGUGAUCGUCGAUGCAUCAUCCACCAAACUAUUGAAUUACAAGAAGACCUUUGAGACUGGUUUCACGGUGACCGACGGGACCGCGACUUUCACCAAGAAUGAUAUUAAGGUGGUGAUGUAUGCGCCGCCUUUUACCACUCAUGGAUUCUCUAUGAAUCAGAGACAAGUGGUGCUGCCGCCGGAAACUCUCACCGUCGGAGCCGGAGGGGUGUACACGAUAACCUCGAUGGCACCGGCGUCGGGAGAGGUUGCUCCACCAGGGUACUACUUACUGUUUGUUGUGCACCGUGGGGUGCCUAGCAAGGGACUGUGGGUGCAAAUCGGGGUGUGAAAAAAGUUGAAUUACUUUUAGCAUCCGUCCUUAUUGUUCUGGUGAUUUGGUUUUGCUUCUAAGGUAGUGCUCUUCCUUUCUCCCUCACAUGAUUUAAAAGAGGUUAAAAAGGCAUACUUCAUUCUUUCAAAA